AGACCUGAUAUAAAUUAAUCAAUACACCGCGCAGUUUAUCCUAAGACGACCCAUUAUUUGUUUGCUUUGAAUCAGCUGGCGUUCUAUCUCUCUAUUGAUUUCGUUUUAAUUCAUCCUCACCUGAAAAGGGGAGCCAGUCAGAUGGAGACGUUCUGGACAAUUGGCUUAUUUAUGGUACUGCAUGGACCACCGGAUGAGGUGAAAGCAUUGGAUAACGGAUUAGCCCUAACUCCGCCCAUGGGCUGGCUAACAUGGGAACGAUUCCGUUGCAACACAGAUUGUGAAAAUGAUCCAAAUAAUUGCAUCAGUGAGCGCUUGAUAAAAGUCAUGGCGGACACCUUGGUGUCAGAUGGCUAUAGAUCCGUCGGUUACGAGUAUGUGAUAAUCGAUGACUGCUGGUUGGCCUCAGAGCGAGAUCAAGAUGGACGACUACUUCCUGAUCCAAAAAGAUUCCCAUCAGGAAUAAAACACCUAGCUGAUUAUGUACACAGUAAAGGAUUGAAAUUUGGUAUAUACGAGGACUUUGGUAAGAAAACGUGUGGCGGUUAUCCAGGAAGUGAAUUCUACAUGCAGACAGAUGCUAAGACGUUCGCUGAUUGGGGAGUAGACUACGUGAAAUUUGACGGCUGCUACUCGAAUCUCAAUGAUUUCCCUGCUGGUUAUGAGGCGAUGGGAUUUUUCCUGAACAAUACGGGGAGACAAAUGGUUUAUUCCUGCGAGUGGCCUUUUUACAAAAUAGUUACCGGACUUUCGGUUGACCUUGCUGCAGUUCGGAAGACCUGUAACUUAUGGAGGAAUUAUUACGAUGUUCAGGAUUCAUGGUCCAGUGUAACUGACAUCAUUAACUUUUGGGGAAACAAUUCCUUGAAUUUCACUAAGUACGCUGGACCUGGAGGAUGGAAUGAUCCAGAUAUGGUUAUUCUGGGAAAUUUCGGAUUAAGUCACGAAGAGGAGCGUGUGCAGAUAGCUAUGUGGGCCUUGAUGGCAUCGCCUCUCAUCAUGUCAAAUGAUUUGAGACAUAUGCGCAGUAGUUCGAAAGCACUCCUUCAAAACAGGAAUAUCAUUUCAAUUAACCAAGAUAUAUUAGGAGUCCAAGGAUUUUUAUUACGGAAGUUAAAUGGAAUUCAAAUUUGGAAUCGUAGGCUUUCAAACAACAGAAUGGCGUUAGCUUUUCUCAACGAAAAUUCCGAUGGAAUGCCAAGAUGGUUAGAUAUUUCAUUAGCUGAUUUAAAAUUAUCACCAACGAUGACUUACAAUUUUACAGAAGCUUUCGAAAUGAAAACAACUUUUGUUAUCACAAAGAACAAACAGUUCAAAGUUUCUGUUAAUCCACACGGUGUCCAACUGUAUGUUGUAAAACAGCUGUAGAUUCAAAAGGUUUAUCAAUGUGCAUCAAACAACGUAGAUGUUUUAACUUUUGUUAUAUUAUUAAAGAUUAUUAUAGAUACGCA